CCUGUCCGCCUGCCUGGCCGUAUUAACCAAAAAAUCAGCAAGUAUAAACCUUUGCUGUCUUAAACCCUUUACCAAACAAAACCCCCUCCCCUCUCGUCAACACUCCCACUCUCCCCACCUUCCGUCUUCCCGCCAUCUUCUCCGGCCCAAACCACCCAAUUUCCGCCAGGAAACGAAACCCUAGCUCCACUCUCUCACGCUCAGACCGCCGGGUUCGUCAUCGGAGCUCCGGCGGCCUCCGAUGGUGACUUCCAGAGACGUCCAGGAGAUCGUCUCCAAGCUCUCCUCCGAUAAAGCCAAGACUCGAGAAGAAGGGAUAAAGUUUUUGAAUACAUGGUUAGAAGGAGAAAGAUCGAUUGGUUUCUGUAAAUAUCUUGGAAAGAAGACUGCAGAGCUUAAACCAGAUGAAAUUCCUCACUCUGAGACCUGGCCUUUCUUUACUAAUUUGCUGAUUCAGUGUGCUUCAUUGGAGAUAUCCUCCUCAAGCAAGCGGCGAUUGCCCAAGUUGAUAUGUGCAAAGAGUCUAAGGAUAGUUGUGCAACACGCAGAGGAUGAUAAGUUUUCAGGCAAGCGGUUGCCUUUGUUAGCUGUGGUUAAAAAUCUUUUUAAUCAUAUAUGUGAGGUCUUACAUAAUGAUAAUGUCCCAAGCUUUCAAUUGGAAUAUGGGAUUAUUCUCCGGCAUCUAUUAACUGUCAGAGACUAUCGAUUUCAGAUGAAGAGGCGCACCUAUUGCAGCCUAAUACAGAAGUACAUGGAUAAGAUAGACGAAAGCUUGAGCCAAUAUAAUACCAAGGAGGAGGUCUUUCGCUGCAUUCUUACUCUCCAUUCACUUUUGGAGAAUCCCCCUGGAGAUUUCCUACCAAAUCUUAGGGAAGAGAUUGUUGAGUGGUUUGUCAGAAUUUUUUCUCACAUUAGGGAUGAAGGAAAGAUUUCACGCAAACUUAUGGACUGCAUUAAUACAUUUUUGUUGAAAGAUGGUCCAAAUUUGGGUUCUGAGUCCUUGGAGAUCCAUAAUGCUGUGCAGCAAUUUGUGUUCCGGUGUUGGCUGACAACCCAUGAUCGAGCCCUUAAGGAUGCACUUAUUUUUUAUGCAAGGUUACAGCUGAAUAUGACUAGAGGUGCUGCUGAUGGUAGUUUUUUGGUACAUCAACUUCUUGACAUAGUUUACAAGGAGCUGGAUCAAAGCUACGUAUCCAAUACUAAUGUGCCUAGGGCUGAUGGAGCUAAAGAUGACAAGUUUGGAAUUUUAAGUAGCUCACAUUGUGGUUUGGUUGAGCUUGCAGCUGCUGUACUUUAUCGGGUAUCUACUCCAGACAUUCAGCUUGUCAACAUGACUAAAGCACCGUCAACUGAAAAGCGGGUCAAGAGAGAGCAUGCUGCUGCACAAUUGAGAGAGGCUCUCAUGAAAGGAAAAUGGUUAUGGAAUGCUUCAUUUUGUUGUCUGAUUCGUAAGUACCACACACACAUUAGUAAGGAUCUUUUCAUGUACUGGUUCGAGGGCAUAUGUGCAAGCUUUCAAAGAAUUUUGAAUGAUGCAAACAUGGUACAUUCUUAUGAUGGUCUGCUAUGGACACUGAGGAGCUUGCAGGAACUUUCUUCUGUGCUGUUGCUUCCAGAUUCAAAGUUGAAGAAACUGUCAAGCUCGUCUCCCUUGAAUGAGUUUGAUUGUGGUUGGCAAGUAGUGUGGAGUUGCCUGAUGCAGGGGUUGCCAUUGUUUAGUAAUGUAGCUGCAGUUGUAGAUGCUGCCCUGGUGCUCCUUGGAAACUUAAUUUCAAAUGAUCUUGUGCAUAAAUGUGUAGUACCUCAGGAGGUUUGGGACCUUAGGUUAUUCAAACAAAUGCCAUCAGUGUCUGUCUUGUACUUUAUUUCAUGUUACUUCUCGAGGAAAGGUACUCAAGGUGAUGUUCGUGACAUUUUACAUCUGAGAAAAAACCUCCUGAGAGAACUUCUGGGUCAACUUCAGUUGAUGGAGUCUUCCAUGCUUAAUGAGCACUUGGUGGUAUUGUUACCUGCAGCUGUUUAUGCUCUCUGUGCCGGUUGCACUCCUUUUGAUCAAUGGUGUAGAGGACUUCCUUUAUCUUACUCUUUUGUCGAUAUUACUGAGGCUGUUGAUAAGCCAGAAGAUCCUGAGCACGAUUGUCUGCAUGGGCUGUUUGACUGCAAUGUGGAAGUUCUCGCUAGUAUCAAUCCAGGUUCCAGCGUUGAGGUUCUUCCAUCCCAAACCCAUCCAAGUGUAUGGCUUCCGCGACAAUUAAGGGAUCCACUGUUUUUUGAGAUGGAAACCUUUAUUCUUGAAUCUCUAGUAGAGAAGGAGAUGGGAAGGAGGCCUCUAUCUGAUGUGUUCUUUAUAUGUACGCUAUUGUCAAACUUCAUCUAUGGUUCAAUAUUGACAAGGCAAAGAGAGGAAGCAUCAUUAUUCCUUUCAAAAUUGGGCCAAUACCUGUUAGAAUGGCUGGAUUGUGCAGUUAAGGCCACCCAAGGAAACCACAAUGAUAUUCUGCCUCUUGCUUGCUUGGGCUCAGAUCUUGUCUCUAAUGGAACAAGCUCCAUUGUUGCUUCCUUAAAGAGUUUUCUUUACUCCCCUAUAUUCAUGAGGUGGAGAGAUCAAAAUCAUGCGGAUGUUGACCUUUAUGGUGCUAUCAUGCAAAUGAUGGAGAGGCUUUUAAAAUCAUUGGCUAGUGUGUAUGAAGAAUACUCUAGCAGUGCAAGUAGUCAUAAGUUUGAUGUGACUCAGCAAGACUUCUCUUCUGAUAGAAGUAAAAUUAGGAUCAUGGACAUGGAGUUGGAUGUGAAUGAUGAUUCCAAAGAUGUGGAUGUAUUAACUAUUGGUGAUAAAAUUGGUGGUGGUGUAUCCUCUUCCAUAGAGAAAUGGAAGCUGGGCAUGAUUUUGCUUAUUUCAAAUUUUUUCUCAGUUUCACACGUUACUUGGGAUGUCCUAUAUGAUCUCUUGUCAAAAGAAACUGAUCAAAUGGUUCGUGAAAAUAUUCUGCUCUUUCUUUGUCAACAUCCAUACUGGUCAUCUCAUGAAAAUCUUACAGACAUGAUCAAUUUAAUGAAUGAAAUGGUUAAGAUGCAAGCCAGACUUAAGCUUGAUAGUGCUAUGGUGUUAUCUGCUAUCCGUGGUUUGUUGGGCACCUUAUCAUCCUUGGACUCUAUCAGGAAGGAUAAAUUUGUCAUCGUCUCUUUGGGGCAAAGAGGAUAUGAGCAGAGCUUGAUGCAUCUUGGAGAUUUGGUGAACAAAGUUGCUGAAUGUGAUCUUGACUGGUUUUGUCGUGCUAAGCUAAUUGAUUGCAUAUGCAAUUUUAUUUUACUUAGUCCUCAAAUUGGUCAGACACUGAUUGAAAGGUUGCUGUUGAUGUUCCGAGAUCCUGAUUAUCGAGUUCGGUUCUCCCUGGCUAGACAAAUUGGUGUUCUUUUCCAAACAUGGGAUGGACAUGAAGAAUUAUUCCAUGAUAUUUGUUCCAACUUUGGUGUUGUGUUGGUGUUUUUCUCUCAAGAAAAAUGUGUUGCUGCAAGUGAGGUCAUAGCGGCCGGUCCACAGCCUCGUCCCACAAUGGAGACUGUCAUUAUUACUCUUAUGCAUCUUGCUUUGCAUAGUGAGAAAAUAGAGUUCGAGGCUGUAUUCAUGAUAUGUGUGGUUUCUGCUAUUGAUCCUUGUCAGAGGGAAUUGGUCUUUGCAGUACUUGAUAAUCUCUCCAGCCAGCUGCAUUAUACAAAUAGGUUCAAGUACCUGGAGGAGAUUAUAGGAUCAAUUCUCUUUUGUUGGAUUGCUUGUGGUGUAAGCCUUGCUGCACUUGUGGAGAUUAGGCAAUUGUUUGUAUCAGAUUCGGAACCUAGUUAUUUCAUGCAGUAUUGCUGUCAUUGGCUUCUCCCGGCUCUACUUCUGCAUGGGGACAGCUCCAAUCUCAGCUGGGUUGCCAAGAUUGCUGGUCAGCCUCUGGAAGUUCUGGUGAAAAAUCACUUUGUGCAGAUUUUUUCAGUUUGUAUGGGAUUGCAUUGUAGUAAGAAAUCUGGGUGGGAAAAGGGAGCAGAUGUGCUUCAGAAUUCAGUUUUGCGUCUUGCUCAGAUAUCUGAGAAUGAGCGGGACAAACUAAUUAAGAAACAUAUGGCAUCUAUUGUCAGCCACAUUCUGUCUCUUGGCUCGUCUGCAUCAAACCCUGCAGUUCCAUUCUUUUCUAGGAACACGAUUGCAAGUGCAAUUCAAACAGUUGUUGACGGAUUUUUGGAGAAGGAGGAUUAUGCUACAAGUAUCUGUGUUGUUGACAAGAUUAACAUUUUUCGACCAGAUAGGGUUUUCAAGUUUAUAGUGGAACUGCACUAUAAGAUUGCAGCAGCAACUCACCAUAGGCAUGCAUGUCACCGGCUUGUUGGAGUUGAGGUGCUUAUAGAUAUUCUUGGGUAUAGAGCUGCUGUUGCUAGCACGUCCAAUUAUCUUUUCAAUUUGGUUGGGCAAUUCAUUGGCUGCCAGGCUUUACUAGAUCAAUGUUGUCGUAUCAUUUCUGCACUGCUGAAAACUUUUAAAAGUAAACCAUCAAAAGAAAUUAUCUGUGUUCUGGGUGAGCAACUUCAGUUUUUAGUGUCAAAGUUGGUGACAUGUUGCAUUCCCUCUGAAGCUAAGGGAGAAGAAUCUGGCAGAUCAUCCCAAGUCUUAUCUUUGCUGCUCCAGCUUACUGUGGAUUCUGAUCCAUCUCUUUAUGAUUAUAUCAGAGAAUUGGAACCCUUCCCUGAAAUAGAUAUCUUUGAUGGGAUUAGAAAGUUCCAUCAGGAAUUAUGCCAAGCUUACUCUUCAAGAGAUCAUUUGUUGAAGUUUGCUGAGAGAUCUUGUUACCUUCCGCCGAGAUUACUUCUGUGGAGUCUCCAAGCACUACACAAGAAGUUUCUUUUGGGUGAGACAUUUCAAAGGAAAAAGAAAGCAGUAGAACUUGUGAACGAUACAUAUUGGCAUCAUGACCAUGAAAUUACCAAUGCUGUUUGGUCACUUGUCCGCACGUGUGGCUUGGAUGAUACAAAUACCGUUGGAGUUUUGCUCUCUGAUUUUAUAUCUAGGGUUGGAAUUGGGGACCCACAUUGUGUUGUUUUUCAUCUUCCAGGAAACUCUAGUAACAUCCAUGUCUGCCGACCUAUUAAUCAUGACUCUUCUAUAGAAGUCAAAUUUCAGAUGGAUACCGGCUUAUCUGAAGAACUUUUGGUUAUGCUUUUAAAACUUCUGAAGAAAUACUUGAUGGAUGAUUCCGUCAAAAUAGUAGAUAUGACAUCUCAAGCUCUUCGGGGAAUUCUUUCAACUCAAAGAGGUCAAAGUGCCCUGUUGUCUUUUGAUUCUUAUGAGAGGUCUCUUAUUGAGGUUCACUCUAAGGGUGUCAACAUUGAGCUGGUGGAAAAGCUCCUUUUGGAUCUGGAUAUUAAGUUUAAGGCUGAAGCAAUUCCAUUAGAGAACUCUACUGUAUGGGCAACACAGGGUAAAACUUUUGAUACAUGGAUUUGUCCACUUGUCUUCUCACUGAUUGGUUAUUGCAAUGACGUAAUACUGAGAUUAUGUCAGGAUAUUGUGUUAGCAAAAGCUGAAGCUGCGGAGCUUCUUUUACCAAGCCUUGUUGUCAAUCUUGCUGGAAGGAAGGAUAUAGAUGUUGACCUCUUCAAAUUAAUCUCUUUGCAGGUGCAGGAAUCUAUAUUUACAGACUCUAAUAAGUUAAUCAAAUCAAUUCAAAUUUGGUUGAAUGCUCUUAAUGAACUUCGGUUAUGUCAUGUGAUACAAAAAUCUUCAUCGUUCCCAUCAAGGGCGGAAAUAUCUAAGAGCGCUAAACCUGCUAGUUGUAGUUCUAAAUCCCGUUCCACCCCCGGAAAGGCCAAAGAUUCAGCUCCUACAUUAAGUGCAGCGGCAAUGUCGACGUCUUUAUGGGACAAGGUUUAUUGGCUUUCUAUUGAUUAUCUUGUCGUUGCCAAGUCAGCAGUCAUUUGUGGCUCAUACUUUACUGCUGUGAUGUACGUGGAGCAUUGGUGUGAAGAGCAUUUCAACAGCCUCACACUGGGGAGCCCUGAUUUCUCUCACAUUGAAGUGUUGCCACAUCAUAUCGAAAUACUUGUCGCUGCGGUCACUCAGAUCAAUGAACCUGACAGCUUAUAUGGGAUCAUCCAGUCACACAAGUUGAGCUCUCAAAUCAUUACCUUCGAGCAUGAGGGAAACUGGAGCAAGGCCCUUGAGUACUAUGACUUGCAAGUACGUUCGGCUGCCUUGGUACCGGUGGAUUUUGGUUCCAGAAAUUUGUCAAUGGAAGAGACUCAACCAACAGAUUGUUUAUCCAAUCCCAUAUUGGAAAAUGCGAUGAGGCAGAGGAAACCAUAUAAAGGUUUGAUUAGGUCAUUGCAGCAAACUGGUUGUAUGCAUGUUCUGGUGUAUUGCCAAGGAUUGACAACUCGGAAGGGACAGUUUGAUCAUGAUCUGGAGUUUACUGAAUUGCAGUAUGAGGCUGCUUGGCGUACUGCAAACUGGGAUUUCUCCUUACUUUAUGUUGGUGACAAUUCUAUUUCAUCAAGUUUGCACAUCAAAAGUGAUAAUUUCAAUGAAAAUUUGCAUAGUUGUUUGAGGGCACUGAAAGAGGGAGAUUACAAUGAAUUCCAUGGAAAGCUGAGAUAUUCAAAGCAGGAGCUUGUGUGGUCUGUUUCUCGUGCAAGUGAAGAAAGUACUGAGCACAUAUAUUCAGCAAUAAUUAAACUUCAGAUCCUUUAUCAUCUUGGCAUGGCUUGGGAUUUACGUUGGACAUCAUCUGAUUAUGAUGAGGGUAUAAGUUUUCAUCCAAAGGUGGAAGAAAUGAAUUCUGAACCUAUAAUCCCUACCAUGGAUCAGUUGUCUUGGCUGAACAUGGAUUGGAGUUCCAUUUUGGAACGGACACAGUUACACAUGAAUUUACUGGAGCCUUUUAUAGCGUUCAGGCGAGUGCUACUUCAAAUCUUAAGCUGUAGGGAGUGUACGGAGCAACAUCUUCUGCAGUCCACUUCUACCCUCCGUAAGGGUUCUAGAUUUUCUCAAGCGGCUGCAGCCUUGCAUGAGUUUAAGUUGCUGUGUGUCGAAUCAGGAGAGCAAGAUUCAUCUCUAUACUGGCUUGGAAGGCUUGAAGAAGCAAAGCUUCUGCGUGGCCAAGGUCAGCAUGAGAUGGCAAUCAGCCUUGCAAAAUAUGUCUCGCAAAAUUUCGUGUCCAAUGAAGAGUCUUCAGAUGUUCAUCGCUUGGUUGGGAAGUGGCUGGCAGAGACUAGAUCUAGCAACUCAAGAACUAUUUUAGAGAAGUAUUUGAAGCCUGCUGUUUCGCUUGCUGAGAAUCAGAAGUAUACAAAAGAGAUGUCCAGAGGUAGACAAAGCCAAACACAUUUUCAUCUUGCACAUUAUGCAGAUGCUCUUUUCAGGAGUUAUGAAGAAAGACUUACCUCUAAUGAAUGGCAAGCAGCAAUGCGUUUAAGGAAACACAAGACAAUGGAACUGGAAGCACUUAUUAAACGGCUAAGAUCUUCUACAAAGGGAGAGAAGAGUGACUAUUCGGUCAAAAUUCAAGAGUUGCAAAAGCAACUUGCAAUGGACAAGGAGGAGGCUGAAAAACUCCAGGAAGACAGGGACAAUUUCCUCAGCCUAGCAUUGGAGGGAUAUAACCGUUGUUUGGUUGUUGGUGACAAAUAUGAUGUGCGAGUGGUUUUUCGGUUAAUUUCCCUGUGGUUCUCUCUCUCUUCAAGGAAAAAUGUCAUAGAUAGCAUGCUUGCUGCAAUCAGUGAGGUUCAGUCUUACAAAUUCAUCCCUUUAGUGUACCAAAUUGCUUCAAGAAUGGGUAGCUUAAAGGAUUGUCCAGGACCUCAAAAUUUUCAGUUUGCCUUGGUUUCUCUUCUGAAGAAAAUGGCCAUUGACCAUCCAUACCAUACUAUCUUUCAGCUUCUAGCAUUGGCAAAUGGUGACCGUAUCAAGGACAAGCAGCGCAGUAGGAACUCAUUUGUGGUAGAUAUGGAUAAAAAGCUUGCAGCAGAGAAUCUCUUACAAGAGUUAACAUCGUAUCAUGGAGGCAUUAUAAAUCAAAUGAAGCAAAUGGUGGAGAUCUAUAUCAAACUUGCCGAACUAGAAACGAAGAGAGAGGAUACCAAUAGAAAGGUAAUGCUACCGAGAGAAUUGCGUAAUCUUCAACCGCUGGAACUUGUGCCUGUUGUGACGGCUACCUUUCCCAUUGACCGUAGUUGUCAAUAUCAUGAAGGCUCUUUCCCAUAUUUCAAAGGAUUAGGAGAUUCAGUUGUAGUAAUGAACGGUAUAAAUGCUCCAAAGGUGGUUGAAUGCCUGGGUUCUGAUGGUUGCCGAUACAAACAGCUGGCAAAAUCUGGAAAUGAUGAUCUAAGACAAGAUGCUGUAAUGGAACAAUUUUUUGGUUUAGUCAACACCUUUUUACAGAACCACCGGGAUACAUGGAAAAGAAGAUUAGGAGUGCGUACAUACAAGGUAGUUCCAUUCACUCCAAGUGCUGGUGUUCUUGAAUGGGUUAAUGGCACUCUUCCUCUUGGUGACUAUCUUAUAGGAAGCACGAGAAAUGGAGGGGCCCAUGGUCGAUAUGGAGUGGGGGACUGGUCAUUUCUCAAAUGCCGAGAACACAUGGCAAAUGGAAAGGACAAGCGCAAGGCAUUCAAGGAAGUUUGUACGAAGUUCAGGCCUGUCAUGCAUCAUUUUUUCUUGGAGAGGUUCUUGCAACCAGCUGACUGGUUUGAGAAGAGACUUUCGUACACGCGAAGUGUUGCCACUAGUUCAAUGGUUGGUUAUAUCGUUGGCCUUGGAGAUCGACAUUCUAUGAAUAUCUUAAUUGAUCAAACCACUGCAGAAGUUGUUCAUAUAGAUCUUGGCGUUGCCUUUGAACAAGGCUUGAUGCUCAAAACACCAGAACGGGUUCCAUUCCGACUUACAAGGGACAUCAUCGAUGGCAUGGGUGUGACUGGAGUGGAAGGGGUUUUCAGAAGAUGCUGUGAAGAAACUCUUUCUGUUAUGAGGACAAAUAAAGAAGCACUACUGACCAUCGUUGAAGUUUUUAUCCAUGAUCCACUUUAUAAGUGGGCUUUAUCACCUUUGAAAGCUUUGCAGCGUCAGAAGGAAACGGAUGACGACUUGAACUUAAGCUUUGAAGGCUCGCAAGAUGAAUAUGAAGGUAACAAGGAUGCUGCACGUGCACUGAUGCGCGUAAAACAAAAACUCGAUGGAUAUGAAGACGGGGAAAUGCGAAGCAUACAUGGACAGGUUCAACAACUUAUACAAGAUGCGAUCGAUCCCGAGCGUCUAUGUCAACUGUUUCCUGGAUGGGGAGCAUGGUUAUGAUGGAUUCCUUCGUCAUCCUAGUCCCGAAAACUUCGAAUCAUCUUUGUACAGGCGGCCUUUGGAGGUAUCAAGUUUUUUGAGCAUCUCUUUUCUCUUUGUAUAUGUACCCGAGUCAGCUGUACCGGGUGUAGGUCCAUGUAUAGUUCCAUAGGCUCCGAUGUACAGGCCUACAGCUGCUGGUUGCACCAGGUCAACUAGCGAUGUGUCCCCCAUUUGCUGUGCUCGAAAUGUCUCGAAAUGUAGGAGAAAAACUUGGUUGUACCGUCACACGAAGAGAGAGAGAGAGAGAGAGAGAGAGAGAGAGAGAGAGAUCAAAAGGCGUAACAUCUUCUAACACAAGGCCAAUAGCACAAGGCAUGGGGAUUGUUUGAGUUUUUAUCUCUUACAUUGCGUUGAACCAAAAAACAGUAGAAGAAAGUGCCAGCUAGGCGGAUUUAGGAGUGUGGUGACUAGUGAGUACAACUUCUAGUGGUUCAACUCGAAUCCUUGUUCUUCGACCCACAGAGACGAGGACCUUUAUGCCCAUAGCUUCAGCUGGAACCCUCUCUUCUGUCUAUCUUUCAGUUAGAUAACAAAGUCUCAUGUUGGUUAGGGUCUGUUUGGGAGUGAUUUAUAAGAGCGUUAGAAUCAUACUUAAAUUGUUUGGUAAAAAUCCAUUACUUUGUUUGGAUGAGGAAAUUUAAGAAUAUUAAGAAAUUUUAAAAUCACAUAAAUUAAAAAUGACAUAAUUAUGUUA